ACGCCAUCUGAUUUAUCUCGCCAAUAUCAGGUUUGUCCCUUUCUCCUAUAGGAUCCCCAAACAAAAGGGAAGGCCAAACCCUAGACAGCUCUCGAGGGUUUCUCCGUUCCUCCAUCGUCGCUCCCCUCGUCGCGUUGGCUAAUCGGAAUGGCGGAUUCUCCACGCGGAAAGUACUCUCGUUCGCCAUCUCCUUACAGAGGUCGCUCCAAAUCAAGAUCUCCUCCUAGGGAUUUGUCUCGCUCAAGAUCUCGGUCUCCUCCACUUAGGAAUCGAGCAAGAUCUCCCUCUGGAAGUCGUGACAGGGAUGAAGCAGUGAAUACUGGAAAUACUCUUUAUAUAACUGGUCUUUCAUCCAGGGUUACAGACAGGGAUUUGGAACAUCACUUUUCUAGGGAGGGAAAGGUUGUGGGAUGUCACUUAGUUGUUGAACCUCGGACACGUGCUUCUCGUGGUUUUGCAUUCGUGACUAUGGAGACUGCAAAAGAUGCUGAUCGUUGUAUCAAGUACCUCAACCAGUCAAUCCUCGAAGGCCGGUACAUAACAGUGGAGAAGUCAAGGAGGGGGCGAGCACGGACACCUACACCUGGAAAAUACCUUGGCGUGGUUAGCACGAGAGAUGGCCGUAGAGGUGAGCGAGACAGAUACUAUGGAGGUUACAGCCGUGAUGAGUAUGGCGGUGGUUACCGUAGAUCUCCUAGACACUCUCCUUAUCGAGGUGGGCGAGAUUACUCACCUCGGAGAUCACCUUAUUAUGAUAGCAGGUACAGAAGAGGACGAUCAAGGUCAUUUUCUCCUUAUGGUUAUAGAAGCCCAGAGAGAGCAUCCUUUGGGCGUCGUGUUAAUGGCUAUCCUCCACGUUAGAUUUCAAGCGUGGACUUGGUUUCGGUUGCUGCAUUAUGCAUCUAAUUAUGUUCAAUAUUAAGAGCUUUAAACUUCAGGGACUUGUGCUGUUCUUGCUGUUGACUUAUCAAUUAUCUACUGUAUGUUGACUAAUAUUGGAUGGGUCAAUAUUGGCUGAUGAUAUUGUGGGCAUUA